AUGAGGACUAUAAGCGGGUACAGAAGUGGACUACCUUGGAAAAGCUUAGCUUGUCCUUUUCCGAUUUCUCUCUUUCUAUCAAUCUACAUGACAAAAAUCGUACAGACCAACAGCAAAAAAGCACAAAGCAGUUCAGGGCACUGCGAACACAUUGAUCUGAUGGACUGCAGUGAUUUCGAAACGGAUGAAAUGACGUGCAUGCUGACGGCCACCGGUAUGACGUGCUGCGUUUGUACUGGAACGCUUAGAGCAACUAAGUGGUCACUCUUCUAG